AUGGGUCCACGCUAUCGUAGAGUCGCUGUGAUCGGCGCAGGCCCGUCAGGCAUCUCCGCCGUGAAAGCCCUGCACGAGGAGAAGGUGUUUGACACGAUUCGAAUCUUCGAGCGGCAGGGUCGAGUCGGGGGUAUCUGGCAUCUCGACCAGGUUCCAGAUGUUUUCCCCGGCGCAAAGGGAAGCCCUAAGCAGCAGGCCGUCCCCGCCGAUCUGCCUCAACUAUCACCCCCCAGCCCAGAAGAUACGACCGUACGAAGUGGAAUAUAUGAGGGACUAGAUAGUAACGUUGGGGCUGAAGCCAUGUCGUUCACCCAUACGCCUUUUCCGCAAAUCAACUCCGCCGCUUCCACUCGCAUUUUUGGCCGGUUGAAUCCGACCCGUCCAUUUCGGGUGAUCACCCGCUACCUGGAAGAUCUGUUCAGAGCCUAUCACCAUUUAGCAAGUUUGAACACAACCGUCGUGAAGGUUGAGAAAAACGAUGGAAUAUGGAACUUGACUCUUCGGCGAAAAGGCCACUUCGAGGGUUCGGAGCCAAAAGAAUAUUGGUGGCAAGAACAAUUCGAUGCUGUAAUUGUGGCCUCCGGGCAUUACAGUGUGCCCUUUGUCCCUGACGUGCCAGGACUGGAUGCUGCCUUCAAGCUACAUCCUACGAGGUUCGAGCACUCGAAGUCAUUCCGACACGCAGAUAACUACGUCGGUAAGAAAGUUGUCGUGGUUGGUGGUAAUGUUUCCGCAGCGGAUGCUGUAUCAGAUCUGUACGGCAUUGUCCAAGCCCCGCUCGAAAUCUCCCAGCGAACUCACAACGAGGCGCUCGACUCAGCCUGGAAUCUUCCAAAUGUCCAGCGCCGCCCAGGGCUCAAAUCAAUCGAAGGAACAGGGCAGAAUUUGGCCGUGGAAUAUACCGAUGGCAGCCGCACCGAAGGAGUGGACAAAAUCAUUUUUGCAACUGGCUAUAGACUUUCCUACCCAUUCCUCACCCCAGACCCGGUCACUCCCAACAACAGGGCUGCUGGCUUCUACCAGCAUGUAUUCAAGAUCGGCGAUCCAUCUCUAGCGUUGGUGGGCCAAGUUCGAGGGGCCCUCAGUUUCCGAGUGUAUGAGUAUCAGGCAGUGGCUGUUGCACGGUACUUUGCUGGACGGAACAACGUUGACCUUCCAUCGCCCCAGGAGCAGGAUAAUUGGGAGGUUGAACGGUUGAAGUACAAGGGAAACUCUGCUGUGUUCCAUGAGAUCAAGCCCGACUUUGCGGAAUAUUUCAAUUUCCUAGCGGACUUGGCUGGACCGGCUGCGCCAGACUCUGAUGCGUAUGCCUUGCCUCGCUUUGACGAGAAAUGGGUAGAGCAAGGGUUCAAGAUCCUGGCACUCAAGAACGAGUGGUGGCAGUCGAUACAAAAUACCGAGAAAGCUAUUGUGCCGGCCAAGUUAUAA